AGCAAGCAAUAUUGUCUUUGUUGUCGAUUCGAUACAAACAAGACAGAAAAAAAAACAGUAUUUGCUUUGUAUCUGUCUUCUGGUCUCGUUUCGAGGCCGCGUCUCCAUUUUAGUAUCACAAUCAUAUAUUUCAAAGCGUUUCCAUUCUGGCGUGAUUCUAGUGUUAUCUGAGACAAAUUUGACGGAUUCGUAUAGGAGGUUAAAUCAAAACAUUAGAUCAAGAGCAAUGUUUUUAUUUUGAACAUAAACUCAUAAUAAUAAUACGAAUAAUGUAAUAUCAUCACACGUUUGUAUAAACAAUAAAUACAAUGAUGUCUGUCGAUUCUAUAUUGGGAAGAUGUCUUUCAAUGUGUCCAGAAAAAGAACGACGGAUGCGAGAAAGGGAAGGUUUAUUACACAGAUAUGAAAUUGAUGAAAAUACAAAACACAUGAGAAAGCCGAAAGCUGAUCCUACCAAAACCAUAAAGUGCUUUAGUCGUUCUGCUGCUGGUCAAACCAUGACAGAUCUGGAUUUGUUGCGUCCACCAUAUGUAUUGUUAUCCACUAUCCGAUAUUUGUUCACCAACAUAAUCACACAAACAGAUUUAGAUUGGGUGUUAAUAUAUGAUUUUGUAUUUGAUCGAUUAAGAUCAAUACGUCAAGAUGCUGUGAUCCAAAGAAUCGAUAUUACUGCAAAUAUCCUCCUUCUAGAACCAAUUGUCCGAUUUCAUACUUAUGCUGCACAAAGAUUAUGUGAAAGAAACAUUUCGCAAUUUGAUGCAAAAAUAAAUAAUAAACAUUUGUUAGAAUGCAUCAAGCAACUACUAGUUUUGUAUGAUCAACGAGAUUGUAAAAAUACAACGGAUAACACAAGCUUCUAUAAAGAUUUUGAAAAACUUAUUUUAAGCGAUAAUCGAUCAGAAAUGGAAGCAUUGUACAUCCUUCUUCAUAUUGGAGAUCAAGAGGCUUUAAGAAGAGCUCUUGCGCUUUCACCAGAUUUAAAAAAUACACCAGCAGUCAAAUUAGCCAUAAAGAUAUCACUUGCUUGGUAUCUAAGAAACUAUGUCCAUGUUUGUCGACUUAUUCAACAGUUACCUCCACUAUUGGUUUGUGCUUCUUUUUGUAAUCUACAGAGUUUUAGAAGAUGUGUUUUACAAAUUAUGAGUUCUGGUUACAAUAGCAAAGUGUUGACAUUCCCAGGAUUAAAACUACAAGAACUUUUAUUCUACAAAGAUAUAAAUAGAGUUCAGGCAGACUGCCAUUUAUUUGGUUUGACAUUUACUAAUGAAAAUGUUUUAUUUCAAAAAUCACAAUUCAACAAAGAAGUUCUACUGGCCAAUCCUGAGAUGUAUUAUACUUCUGCCACGUUAUGUAACUUCAUACCAAAAAUUACUUUUGGUAAUGUACUUCUAUUUAGUGAAAAAUAAUUGUCAAAAUAUAAAGACACAUCUCAUAUAUAUAUAUAUAUAUAGGCAGAUCUAUUGUUGAGCUAAUGAAACCUUAACUUCAAAACGACAAGUUUUUAAAAUUCUAGAUGAACCACUUGUUAAAUAAUAUUUUUCAGUUUUUUUCUUAACUUUAAUUUAAGAAUAAUUU